AUGGGAGAUUACGACCAAAAGACGUUUCAGCAACCAGCAAGUGACUUUUAUGUUGUAUUGGAAGAGACAGAAACAACGCACACCUCAGUAACUAUCAACAAUUCAAUCACCAGUAUCAUCGAUUGUGGGCAAGAAUCGGCAAUCCGUCAGCUUAUUAGAGAAGUCGGCGAACCAAAUGACUACUCAGAAUCUCAGUCAGAAUUUCCAGUGACUCCAGUCAACGACGAUAGUGAUAAAGUUUAUCAGUUUGGCGAAAGUCCUGGCGAAGCCGGAUGGCAUUUUAUCGCCCAACAAAGCUUUCACAUGCUAAUUGAAAAGCAAAGCACAAAGCAAUAUGAGAUAAACAAUCCUGCAGCUGAUAGUUUGUGCACCCUUUGUUGGGAUUACAAAGGAAAGUCCUUGGGAACCUCAAAAUCAGAAACUCACUUAUAUGGGAAAGAAACUUUCUGGCCCCAUGGUGGACAAACGAAGGAACUUUCAGCGAAAAUUAGUCUGCAGUCGACAAACGAUCCUGGCCUUUCAGACUCGGCUAAACAGUAUAAGUCGUCUGAAAGUCCUAGGUCGAGCCAUAGCCCCCUGAGACCAUCAGACCUUUCCGAAUCCGGCGAUAAGCCACUACAAUCGUCGCCACCGGAAAGCCGGACCACUGAUCAGACACCAGACAGUCGUGAAUCUGAAAAGUCCCCUACUGAUAGGACUGUCCUUAAUGCAGAAGAAGCACAAGGUAGUAGAGACGAUUCAGAAACUAGCGGUGCGACCAACACAUUUGCUUCAGAACACUGUAGUCCUACGCAUGGUCAGUUGCCAACUGCAACACUGAUGCCAGAACGGUCAGGAUAUCGACUUCCCCCAGAUACUUCAACGCAAGAGAUGGGACGUUCCCAUAAUUUGGAAGACAUAGGCCAGAAUGGAAAUUCGGUUUUGUUAGGGAAAAACAAUACUGUUAAAGGGGAGCAAUCGGAUGGCGAUUUGACUAGUGGUUUCCAGGACAAAAACAAAUAUUCAAAGCCAACAAGCGAAAAAAUGAGUUCUAUUUCCACGCAUAAACCUGAUGCCGUUGUUAUUCCUCCCGAUCAAUCCCAACCGUCAGAAAGAUCGGAAAGAGGAGCACAUGAGCAGCCAAAAGAAGGUUAUUUACUUGAGGAAACUAGACUACACAGAAGAAAUUCAAAGGACACUAUCGAUACUGAACGAGGAUUGAGAGACAGCGUCAGAGAGGAAGAUAAACAGGAGGGGAUGUAUGCAGCAGGUCCAGGAUCUUCACUCUCGAGUAAACUUGGGUUACCCUCUGCCGAAUAUUAUCCAGGUCAGCAAACAGGCCUGCAAGAUAUCGCCGAAGAAAGGGAGGAAGAGGAAUGCUCGCGGGGUCAAGGAGGCGCCAAGGCAGUCUCUAUUUCAAGUUCUGGUGGCGAUCGCAAGCCGAAGCCUAGGCAGUUUGCGGGUGCCACAGAUUUUUCUGAUGAAGAAGCGGCCAAAAAUAUUAGUGGAAAGCCAAGUGCACCUCCGAAGGAUGUACACGCAUCUCUGUCAAGAGGAGCUGGUGAACCUGAAAGGGAUCCUGGGAGUUUUGUGCCCAUAUCACCUGAUCGACUCACGAAUGAUCCGCAUGCGAUUUCAGCCACUCCUGCCAGUGUGUUGGGUUCUGCUAAUUUGCUGCCAGAUUCGGCAUCACCUUCGCAGCCUGAAAGUGGGGAACCAACCGUCGUCGGGGAAGAACUACCCGAGCAAACUACAGAAAGUAGCAAAUCUUCCCAGAAAACGCUUAAUAAUGACAAGGUGCUAGAGCCUGUCCGUGAGGCUGAGCAAACGUUUGCAGAAAACACUCAGUCCGUAAACAAAGCUUCUGAUGACACCAGGACAAGUCACUUAGAUAAACGCCCUUCAGACGGGGAUACUCAAGACGAUGAGGCUGUAACGCAAGGUGUUGAUAAAGGCUCUGAUGAGGAGAAGCGCACACAAAACAAUGUCCUGGUACGGCAACCAGGAGAUGAGCAAAUCGGUAAAAAUUUAACUGACCUUGAAGUAGCCCCAAAACAGCCCCGCUGUAAGCGAAAGGCAAGGUCAACUGCAGAUGCUGGACUGCCCGAAAGAAAGUGGGCAAUAGAGGCUUGUAGAAGGCAGUUACACUCAGCACCUCCUGAUAUGGAUUUAAUGGGCUAUGAAAAGCACACAGUUUCUUCUUCCAAUCAGUUUACUUCUACUUCGGAAAAGGAUCCUCUAAAGCGAUCAGCUGAAGGCGGCAGUCCCUCGGCGGCAAAUGGAGCUGACCAGAAAACAGCCGACUUUGUUAAAGACGGAGAGACUCCAACUAUGAAUUCGGCGGUGGAUGGAAUAGGACCCGUCUGUUGUGAACCAAUCGAGGCGGCACCGUUAGUUGUCUCCCCGCGUUCUCAUCGAAUGACAGAAGAAAAUAAACCCGCGCAGACUCCUUGCAAUCAACCGAGUUCUCAGAAAGUCGACUUGUCUCUAAUUCACAGUACCUCGGACAUCUCGGGGGCUAAUGCUAUGCCUAGCGCCGAAAACAGUACAGAACCCAUUCAUUUUACUCCAAUAGAUGGCAUGAUAGUAAGAAUCUACCAUGAAUGUGGAACAUACAAACGCAACGUUGGCACUCAAAUUGACAAUGUGAGGGUCUACUGUGUCGUCGAUGGAGAAUACUUCAGGGAUGUGCAGGAAGAAAUUCCGCAACUAAAAUGGUUAAUUCUGAAGGAACGCUGUCUUGGAACAUCCCCUUACGAUCCAAGAAAGGAGGAUAUCAGCAACAUCGACUCUCCGGUAUCACUGUCUGCGGCUCCGAGUUAUGGCAGCGACAUUUGUUUACUAGGCCGUGAUGUCCGAGAUGACGAGAAAAUCUCGCGUAUAAUUGAAGCUCUCAAUGGAUUUGAGACCGGUAAAUGCGCACCUUAUGUUUACGUUUAA